UACCUCGGUUUCACGAUCAGUAUUCCGGGAUCGAUCAUUGCUAAUCCAGGGUUCAUCGACGUAUUUGGGACCAAGACGGAUCCGGUAACCGGCGCCAAAGCUCUGAAUGCGGUCCACGUUUCGCUCUGGGGCGGAACUCAAUUCAUCGCCCAGGUCGUCUUCCAAGCCUUGUCUCCGUUGACCUCGGACCGGUUUGGAAUCAAGAUCAACCUUUACUUGCUGACAGGAGGCAUGUUGAUCGCCAUCAUUAUCGAGAUUGUCGCCAAGAACUGGGCAGUAUUCCUCGUGGCCAAAAUCUUUUCUGGAUUGGCAGCCGCCUACAUUGGUACCGGUGUGAUCACCUACUUGACCGACAUCUCGAUACCCCCCUUGCGCGGGGCAUUGAUCGCCGGAUUCUCGUUCUCGUUCGCACUGGGGCAGUUGUUUGCCGCGAUCGGUCUGCAGAUUCUGAACCAGACCAAUCCUUGGGCGUUUCGACACGCGUUCUACUCGGAAUUCGUCCUACUCGGAAUCUGGUUGGUUCCUUGUAUCAUCCUCCCCGAAUCGCCGGUAUGGCUGAGCCGUAAAGGCUACCACGACAAGGCCAAGAAGAGUUUACGUUUCCUCAUCGGUAACGUGGAAGGCUACGAUCUCGAGCACGAAUACGCGGUAUUGCAACGGGAGAUCAGCGAGUCGGACAGAAUCCUCGAGGGCGACGGCAACAAGUCGAGCCAGUGGUUGCUCGUGCUCAAGGGGACCAAUCUCAAAAGAAGUUUGAUCUCGGCAUUGCCCCUGUGCAUUCAGAGCUUUGUCGGCGUUCCUCUCGUAUUGGGUUACGCUACCUACUUUUUCCAGAUCGUUGGUCUCGACGAUGUCUUCACCGCCAACUUGAUCGUUUACGCCGUGCUAUUGUUCGGCAUCCUAUGCUCGUUCUACCUGGUAGAACGCGCUGGACGUCGAUCGCUGGUCUUGUUCGGGUCGACGGCAUGCGGCAUUUGCGUAAUCUGCAUCGGCGCUUUGGGGACUAUCACGAGCCAAAGUGGGUCCGUUGGAAGUGCCUUGAUCGCCUUGAGCUGUGUCUGGGUGUAUUCCUAUGCCCUGUCGUUGGCUCCGAUCGGCUGGAUCUUCGUGGGCGAAGUGUCAACCUCGGGGCUCAGGAGCAAGACAGCGGCGUUUGCGACCCUGCUCUCGUCGCUCAUUCAGAUCGUGUUUUCCUAUACUGUACCGAUCAUGUUGUCCGACCAACAAGCCGGAUGGGGUCUUUAUAUCGGCUUCUUCUUCGGUGGUCUGACCGCCAUCUUCGUGGUCGUAUCCUACUUCUAUGUACCCGAGACCAAAGGGAGGUCCAGUUCCGAGUUGGACGAGCUGUUCGAGCGGGGCAUCUCGUGCCGCAAGUUUGCGCAGACCAAGACGGCGGUGCAGUUGGCGAGGGAGCAACAAGGAGAGUAG